AUGGAUGAGAAACUUGCCGAUGCCAGAAAAGAGGUUCUAGUUGAACUUGUGAAGAUUGCCCAGAAACGCAGAAUGCUGGGCAGUAAAGGAAAUUGGAAAGAGUUUUUGAAUAUUUAUGAUAAGAAGUUUGGGUCUUGCUUGAGUGAUCCUUCAAGGAGGUCCACUGAUGCACUUGUUGCUUUUUUGAAGACUUUUACCGAGCCUGAUGAUUUGAAGUUUUUCGAUAAAGUGAUGCAAUGCCAUUCUAAUCGCGAUGCCAGUGAGCAGUUCAAUAAGAAGUCAUCAGACACCGAGUCCCCAGAACAGAAAUUGGUCCGUUUAACUCUUGAACACCCUCAAUAUCCAUUACAAUACUCAUUACCGUCACAUGAGGAGGUUCGUUGUCCAUUUACAUUGUUAUUCAGAUUUUUAUGGAAUUAUUACUUGCAUCUAGAUGCUGGUUUGAGUUGA